AUGAAGCCGUUCACGUUCGAAGCUCACAUCCCCCGCACCGUUUUCGGCUCGGGCACGCUGGACAAGAUCCCCGAGGAGAUCGAGCGUCUCGGUGCCCAGCGCGUUCUGCUCGUCACGGAGAACACGGACCGCCAGCGCGCGCUCGCGGACAAGGUCAAGGGCCUGCUUGGUGACAAGGUCGUCGGCAUCUGCACCGACGCGGUCAUGCACACCCCCGAGGAGGUCACGCUCAAGGCGCUCGAGCAGGCCAAGUCGGUCAACGCUGACUGCUACGUCUCUCUCGGUGGUGGCUCCACCAUCGGUCUCGGCAAGGCGCUCACGAUCCGGACUGGCGGCAAGCACCUCGCCGUCCCGACGACCUACGCCGGCUCGGAGGCCACGCCGGUCCUCGGCGAGACCGUGAACAAGGUCAAGACGACUCGUUCGGAUCCCAAGAUACUGCCCAACACGAUCGUGUACGACGUCGACCUGACGCUCUCGCUGCCGCAGCAGCUGACGUACACGUCUGGCAUCAACGCGAUGGCGCACUGCGUCGAGGCGCUGUGGUCGGUUGGCAACAACCCCGUCAUUGACGGCAUUGCCUGCAGUGGAAUCCAGGACCUGGCCAGUGCCCUGCGGAAGCUGAAGGACACGCCGAACGACAUGGACGCGCGCGGCAAGGCGACGUCUGGCGCGUUCGUGGCCGGUGUGUGCCUCGCCCACGUCCCCAUGGCGAUCCACCACAAGCUCUGCCACACGCUCGGCGGCAGCUUCGGGCUCCCGCACUCGGAGACGCACACCGUCAUCCUCCCCCACGCUAUUGCUUACAACGCCAAGGCCGCGCCCGAGGCCAUGGAGAAGAUCAAGCGCGCCCUCGGCACGGACAAGGACGCCGCGACUGGCGUCUACGACCUCGAGAAGGAGCUCGGCACAGUCACCAGCCUGAAGGAGCUCGGCAUGAAGAAGGAGGAUCUCGAGAAGGCGGCAGAGAUCGCGUGCAAGGCCCAGUACCCCAACCCCGAGCCGCUGGAGAAGGGCAAGCUUCUCCAGCUGCUCGAGAACGCAUGGGAGGGCAAGCCGCCCCAGUCUACUUGA